AUGAAGGUGGUUUUGUGUUUAGUGCUGGGCUUAGCCCUGGCUGGCGCCGUACCAGGGACUGACGUCAUUGACAAUAAGGCUGAAUUCAAACUGUCCACAGAUAUCAAGGAGCGUCAAUUCUUCAUUCUUAAAUUACUAAACCACAUCCUAGAACCCGUUACAUACAAGGAAAUAAUUGAUAUCGGGCAACAUUAUUCCAUUGAAGACAAUGUGGAUUUCUACAUGAAACGAGAUGUAGUCAAGCAAUUCCUGAACAACAUGAAAAUGGGAUUCCUUCCUCGCGGUGAAGUGUUCACCCUUCACGUCGACCGUCAACUGAAGGAAGUAGUCAACAUGUUCCACAUGUUGUACUACGCCAAGCACUUCGACACAUUUAUAAAGACCGCAUGCUGGAUGCGCAUGUACUUGAACGAAGGCAUGUUCGUAUAUGCUCUAACCGUAGCCGUCAGACACCGCGACGACUGCAAGGGAAUCGUCCUGCCACCUCCAUAUGAAAUUUAUCCUUACUACUUCGUGCGCGCCGAUGUCAUCCAGAAAGCGUACUUACUCAAAAUGAAAAAGGGCAUCCUUGACGGGUCAUUGAGCCACUUCUAUGGCAUCAAAAAGACAGACAAAGACGUUUACAUAAUCGACGAGAAUGUUUUCGACAAGAGAGUUAACAUGAAUGAUGAAGACAGAUUGAGAUAUUUCACUGAAGAUAUUGGUCUCAACACCUACUACUACUACUUCCACGUUGACUAUCCAUUCUGGAUGAAGGAUGACACUUUCAACACUAAGUUUGUAAACAGACGAUGGGAAAUGACUAUGUACGUAUACCAACAGAUCCUUGCCCGUUACUACUUGGAGCGUCUUUCUAAUGGUCUGGGAGAUAUUCCAAUUCUAUCAUGGAACAGACCGAUCAGAAAAGGAUACUGGCCAUGGCUUAUGAUGCACAACGGAGCACACUUCCCAACCAGAUUUGAUGAUCAUAUCAUUGUUCAGAACAACAACAUUGGUUUCACAAAUCUCGUUGAAAAUUAUGAGCAAAUUAUCAACGAAGCUAUCAUCAAGGGCUUCAUCGAGAUUAAUGGAAUCAGAUACGACCUUAAGAAGGCAGAUGACGUUGAAAAAUUAGGCAAACUGAUUUAUGGCGCCGUUGAUAGAAUCGACGUGAAGACAGACCACAUUGAGGCUUACCGCUACAUGCUCAUCAUGAUGAAAUCGAUCAUUGGUCUCAACACUUGGUUCACUGACAAGUAUUUCGUCGUCCCUACUGUUUUGGAUAUCUACCAGACUGCUCUCCGUGAUCCAGUCUUCUAUCAACUGCAGAAACGCCUCUCUUACUCCUUCCUUCUCUUCAAGAUGCGUCUGCCUUCUUACACCCACGAAGACGUAUACUUCCCAGGAGUUAAGAUUGAAAACGUUGUGGUUAAUAAGCUGUUAACUUACUUUGAUGACUACUUGAUGGACAUGACCAAUGCUGUUAUCCUCAAUGAGGAUGAGUUAAGGAAGAGCAAAUCCGACAUGACCUUCUUAGUGCGUAAACGUCGUCUGAAUCACCAACAAUUCAAGGUCAGCUUUGACGUCGUAUCUGACAAGACUGCAGAUUGUAUUGUGAGAAUAUUCUUAGGACCAAAAGAAGAUCACUUGGGACGUUUGAUUGAUAUCAACCAGAACCGAUACAACUUCGUUGAACUCGAUACUUUCUACUAUAAACUUAACACAGGCAAGAAUACAAUUGUAAGGGAUUCCAAGGAUAUGCAUAAUGUAGUUGGCGACAGAAUGAGAACCAAAGAUCUGUGGAACAAACUCAAUGGUGUCACCGACUUCAGAGAUAUGUACUUCAAGGAUCUUAAGAACUACCACACAGGUUUCCCCACGAGGUUGAUACUUCCCAAGGGACGUGUUGGCGGUAUGGAUAUGCUGCUGUAUAUCAUCGUGACUCCAUUGAGAUUAGUCGACAAUGUUGAUAUGAACAUCUUCGAGACAUACCGUAAGGACAACUUUGUUGACUUCAGAUCAACUGUUUUACUAGACAGGAUGCCUCUUGGCUUCCCAUUCGACCGUGUCAUUGACGUCUCCAAGUUCUUCACGCCGAACAUGAAAUUCGUUGAUGUCAAGAUUUACCAUAAGGCACAAGUUUGCGACAUGAAGAUGCGUUGGGACAGCUAUAUUCUUAAAAGUUAUGAUAUGACCAUUAAAACACCCAUGAUGGUUGAUGACUACUUUGUAGAUGAUGAUAUGACAAUGAACAAGAACGUGAAGAUGCAUAUGGAUAAUGUUGAUAUGUAAACGGUCUUUCCAUAUAGAUAAUUAAUUUUAGUCCUUACGGCUGACUGAAUUAGACUUAAGAUGGCAACUAAAAAGCAACAAUAAAAUUUC